CGCCCCGCCUCCCUUCCUGGGCGUCACUGGCCCACCCCUCCUUACCAUUGGGUCCUUGAGGAGUGGAGGUCUCCUAUUGGCUAAAGUCUGCGAAGGGGGCGGGCAAUCGUUUCCAAGCGACCAGAGCAGCUGUGCUGGGGUCCUAGCGCCUAGAGCCGCAACCUGGAGAACGCUCGGGAGGAGAAACCGGAAGCACUCGGAAGUCACGUGCUGCCCGCGCAGCGCCAGCGAUUGGCUCAGAUGGACGUGAGUGAUGCGGUUGUGAUUGCUGAAUUGUCUGAGCAGGCUUUGGAGCGUCCCGGCCAGCUCCCCUGACCUGUGCAUCCCUCCAGAGAGGAAGAGGAGGGAAGGCCUGCCGUCUCCAGGCUCCAGUGACCCUCUCCCCAGCAGGAGCGCCAAAUGACCACCCCCGGUGUUGGCAGUAUGGAGUGCUGACGUCCAUGUGGCUACUCGCAGUGAAACAGGUGUUAAGGAAAAUGCAGAGACGCCACAGCAGCAACACAGAUAACGUCCCGCCUGAAAGGAAUCGCAGCCAGGCGCUCAGCUCUGAGGCCAGUGUGGAUGAGGGUGGCGUCUUCGAGAGUCUGAAGGCAGAAGCGGCCUCCCCACCCACGCUCUUCUCCGGCCUCGCAGGCGGCCUGCCGGCCAGCCCUUUCCCAGCCAGUCUGGUGCUGGGCGCAGCGGCCAGCGGCGGCGACGUGUUCAUCCAGAUGCCUGCGGCGCGCGAGGAGGGCGGCACCUUCCACCACCGGCCGCCCCACCACCACUUCCACCACGGCCCUGGCACGCGCGGGGGUUCCCUGCUGCAGCAUGUGGGCGGCGACCACCGCGGGCACGCGGAGGAGGCCGGCGAUGAGCAGCCGGGGACACCUGCGCCUGCCCUGUCCGAGCUCAAGGCUGUGAUGUGCUGGCUGCAGAAGGGGCUUCCCUUCAUCCUCAUCCUCUUGGCCAAAGUGUGCUUCCAGCAUAAACUCGGCAUUGCUGUGUGCAUCGGGAUGGCCAGCACCUUCGCCUAUGCCAACUCCACGCUCCGCGAGCAGGUCUCCCUGAAGGAGAAGAGGUCAGUGCUGGUCAUCUUGUGGAUCUUGGCCUUCCUGGCGGGGAACACCUUGUAUGUCCUCUACACCUUCAGUUCCCAGCAGCUGUAUAACAGCCUCAUCUUCCUGAAGCCCAACCUGGAGACUCUAGACUUCUUCGACCUGCUGUGGAUCGUGGGGAUUGCCGACUUUGUGCUGAAAUACAUCACCAUCGCCCUCAAGUGCCUCAUCGUGGCCCUGCCCAAGAUCAUCCUGGCUGUCAAGUCCAAGGGGAAGUUCUACCUGGUCAUCGAGGAGCUGAGCCAGCUCUUGCGCUCCCUGGUCCCCAUCCAGCUGUGGUACAAGUACAUCAUGGGGGACGACGCCUCCAACAGCUACUUCCUGGGAGGGGUCUUGAUCGUCCUCUACAGCCUCUGCAAGUCGUUCGACAUCUGUGGCCGCGUAGGUGGCGUGAGGAAAGCCCUGAAGCUUCUCUGCACCUCCCAGAAUUACGGGGUGCGAGCCACGGGGCAGCAGUGCACAGAGGCCGGUGAUAUCUGUGCCAUCUGCCAGGCCGAGUUCCGAGACCCUCUGAUUCUCCUGUGCCAGCACGUGUUCUGUGAGGAGUGCCUGUGCCUGUGGCUGGAUCGCGAGCGCACCUGCCCGCUCUGCCGCUCGGUUGCCGUGGAUACCCUGCGCUGCUGGAAGGACGGGGCCACCUCCGCACACUUCCAGGUGUAUUAGGGCCGCCCCGGGAGAGGCAGGAGGGCCGGCGUCCCUAGGCCCAACCCUGCACUGCUCCCUGCCGCUGGGGAGGUCUCCCGACUCAGACCUGAUCUCCCAGGUAGGUCGUCCAUCCUCCCUCCGAGUCAGACACCUGGUGGUGUGUGAAGGCCCCACCUGUUGGUGACUUUAACUUAGUACCUAGCACGUGAUGGUGCAUACUAGGGAGGAGCCUGGAAGUCACCACCUCCCCCCUACCACGUCCCCGGGAUAACCUGACGUAGUGAACACCUAGUGUGUGCCAGGCACAGCAGGCCACACCCUGCAUGGGUCACCUCCCGUCACUCUCACAGCGGUCCAGUGACAGGGGUCUUGUUGGUUCCCCCAUUUGACAGAUGAGAAACCUGGGGCACGGAGCUUGAUGGGGUAACUUUCCCAGGGUCACAAGUUUGCAGCACAGGCCCGGUCUGGCUUCCAGCGUGCAGCCAGCCCUACGGUUCAGAUGCUGCAGGCGUGAGGCCCAGUCAGUGGGUGUGGUUUGCCAGCAGCACAGGAGGUGAGCCGAGGCGCUCCCUGGGUGAGAAUCAGCGUCGCAGGUGCAGAGCGUGUGAAAUACGGACCGCACGGGGGACGCAGACUGUCAGCAUUAGUUCCUGAGUCUCCUGUGGCUGCGUCCAUGGAAAGACCGGGCCCUUAGAAUUGCUGUCUUCCUGGGCUGUGGAGGUGGGAGUGCCCACACCCACAGCGGCAUCGAGAAAGCUCAGCCUGGCCCAGGCAUAGGGAUCCUGGGCUUCCCGCCUUGACUUCCUUACUCCUGCUCCUCCUCCUCCCUUUCCUCCUCCUCCUCCUCUUCCUCCCCCUCCUCCUCCUCUGUCCUGUCCCUCGCUGAAGUCCCAGGCCUGUCGGUAGCUCCUGUGGACGCUGCCAUCUCCCCAGCUCGUCUUCAGAGUAGAAGGGACGAACCUGUUGGGAUUUCUCCCCAAACCAGGGAGGCAGCACAGAGCACAGUCCCGAUCUGUAAUCCCUGUGAUAAAAGGAUUCUGUAAUCCCUGUGAUAAAAGCCCUGCCAAUGUUCACGGCAAAAUUAGGUCUCUGCCUGCAAAACUCUCCCUGCUCAGCGUCUGAACGAGACGGCACAGGUGACCACACGUGAGCUGCUGGAAUCUUGCCCACCCUUCUCUCCCAACUCUAUUCUCUCAUUGUCAGCCUCAGCACCACGGCUGGUGCCAAUGACAGCAUUACAGGGAAAGCCAUCUGCAUAGCCAGUGAGCAGAUGAGCACACAGGCCCCAGGAGAAACUGGGGGAGGCUGAGUGCCCCCACCCAGUAGACUGGGGCCGUUGGUCCCUGAGUCCCGUUGGCCCCGCCACACCAGGACUCUCCUUAGCUCAACAUCCUGGCUCUGCCCGUCCCCAGCUGGACAUCGCUUCCAGGGCCGUGUGGCAUCUUUCAAGCUCUGUUGCCAUGGCAAUGGCUGUGGAGGUACAGUCCUGCUUGCUGGAAAAUCAAGUAGGAAAAGGAAGCAGAGGGAAACAAGCUGGGGUGGGGGGGCGUGGCUGCUCUGCGUCUCCCCCCUGGAGGAUGAGCUGAUGGGAGGCACUGGAAGAUCUCCCUGCCCUCGAAGAUGCCCUCGAAGAAGCACAAGAGAUGGCAGCUGGAGGAGGCUUCCUGAAGUGCCAGCGUGUCGAGGGCAGACCUGGAAUCCUGAGCCCGAAAGCUGCACGGCUCUGGGAAGUCGCUGUAUCUCCCGGUAGCCAUCCCUGGGGAGACGCAGCCUAAGCAGAUUAUCCGCCGGAAUCAAGGCAACACACGCUUUCAUUUACUGGUGAACAAGCUCACCGUGCCCGUGCCCCAAAAAGAAAAAAACUAACAUGCUGCACAUGAUGAGACAGCCGCUGCCGCUGUGGACUUGGCACCCGGAGGGGACAGCGGGAGCAGGUGAGAUGGUUUAGUUUAGGACUUGACUUACCCGCUCCCUCUGGGGUGUCCUAUUUGGAGGGUCUCUCCUGGGUGGGUUUCACUUCACCUGGCUUGGGGUGGGGGCAUGGCUAAUGCAGUUCUCCAAGCAGCAGGCCUGACAGAAGAGCCCAGAGACUCCACUGGAAAAAAAAUUAGUAUGCCCUCCUCCCGCUGUGGGCUUGCAACAUGUUUGUUAUAAACAGGGUUACUCCAGCAUCAGGGCCCAAGGAUCCUGCUCUGAACUUUUAUAACCCACUGACUCGAGUUCCACGCAGUCCUCAGAAAUGGCCCCAUCCACACGGAAGAUCCUGAGAAGAGUAAAUGUAGGGGGAAGGGAAGGCGAGCUCUGGGCCCGGCGGGAGAGGAGGAGGGGCCAAGCCUGCGGGAGCCGUCGGGAGUCCCGGGGACUUGCAGCGCUUUCGCUGUGGGACAGACAGCGCCGCCCAUCUCGCUGCUGGGGACUCGCUGUCAAUAAAGAUCGUGUUUGCACAA